CGAAUCUCCUCUCGCCGCUCUUUUCGUUGCUCUCUACAAGUACCAUCAACGACACACUGUCUUCCGAUAAUCUCGAGCACUCGCCAACCUUUUUCUUCUUCGCAACAGCAACCAUGUUCAAGCGCUCGUUCAGGUCGCAAGACCCCAGCCGAGUCGACAAGGCUGCGCGGCUCAAGAAGAACAACUCAGUCCGGGAUCCCCAGAAGCUGUCGAGACUGCAACGGUCGCUCACCGAGGAGACGCAGGCCAAGCCGGCGCCAGCGCCGGCGGUCAAAAGCACCUCUUUGGCCCCCGCCCCCAUCGUCACCCUGACGGUCGGGCGCGAGGGGCGACUAUUUGCAGCGCACGAGGACGUGCUACGCCAAGCGCCGUUUUUCGAAUCGGCGUGCCGCGACAGCCACUUUUUCGAUGCGCAGAGCAAGAGAAUAUCCCUUCCCGACGAAGAACCCGAGGUCUUCUCCGCCGUUCUCGAGUACCUCUACAAGGGUGACUACUACCCACGCCUCAGGCACAACAAGCACCGCAACUCUUGGGAGCUCGAGAACACCGUACGGGGAACACCGCAGACCUCGCCCUACGUCGACACAUUUACCCCCGGAGGCGGCCGCGCCGCCGCCAGUCCCGCUUCGGCGGCAAGCCCCGCCAUGGGGCCACAAUCCGAUGCCACCGUCUACGUGGCAGCGUACGGGCAGCACCUCCUCCGUGACACGGCCGUUUACUGUUCUGCGGAGCGGUACGGGCUCGAGGAGCUCAAGAGGCUGGCCCUGCGCAAGCAAGGUCUCCAGUCCGGCAUCGAUGUCGGCACAAUCUUGCGCUCCGCCCAGUACGCCUACGCCCACACGCCCGACUCGGACUCGCGACUGCGCGCUCACUACCUCGCCCUGAUCAUCCGGUGUCGCAAGACAUUCAAGAGGAGCGGGACCAUGCAGGCCGAGAUGGAGCGCGGCGGCAGCAAACUCUUUUUCGACCUAUUCGUCGCCAUGUGCAACCACCUGGACGACGUCAUUGACGUGAGCAACGCCCGCUCGCCCAAGACUGUCUGAGUGUGUUCUCUGCUACGUGUGUGUUUUCUGUGUUUUUCGAGCCAUGCUUCGGACAGUCCCUAAAUUGUGAUACCCCGGGACGUAAAGCGGAAUGGUGGCAGGUGUUUUUGGCGUUCUUCCUUCUGUGGCCCCCAUGUCAGAUUGGCGAUCCAUUCGGGGGCCGUCCAUUGUUCUGACACAUGGGAGCGAGGGACCUAGACACGAAGCCUCCCUGUUCCUGUUUCGUGGGUGCUCAUUUUUGGGGGGCGUUUGAAUUUGGGGCAGUGGCUUGCCUUACCAUGGAGUACUGCCUCCUCAGGGCUGCCUCCCAGGUGAGGAACACGACUACGAAUGGGUUUGCUGCUGCAUGCCGAACACGGCAAUCAACCACAAAAAGGACCAAAAAAAAACGGAACUGACAAAUUGCCACUCACUUGCCGUCGUUCGGGCAUACACGGAUGAACGACUCAUCCCAACUCUCUCCAUUCUCCUGAAGCAGCAAGGGGCGGGCGCUUGGACGAACCCCCCGCUGCGGACAGAAACCCGGCAUCUCUCAAGAUAGCAGACUGACAUGUUUUCUUUUGUUCUUCACGGAAAGAGAUGUCGGGCACUCGGCCUGUACUUGGCACACCCGCUUUGCGAUACAGCAGCGGUCUCCUUUGUCACAAUUGGAGGAGAUGAUGAUUUUGGGCGCCACGCGGCUCCCUAGUGGAACGCUGACGCCCCGGCUGGCUUGAGCCCUCGUCAGGGCGAGAUAAUGAGAAAUUCGGCCGCCUCAC